UACGGACAAGUUCUGCCAGCUGAAUCAACAAGGCACACCGCACAUCUGUGUUUCAUUCAGGUUUCGUGAAAUAUAAGACUGACACCGCGAGUCAGCAGAUAAAACGAUACAGUUCUUUCACUUUUCAACAACUUUUCGGACUUGUUCAGAAAGUCCUGUGCUUAAUUUUCUGUGUGAAAUCGGCGCCACAAACCGGUUCAGUAAGUAACUGAAAUAACAUUGGCCGCGCGAACCGUGAAUUUUUAGAAAUGGGAGCCAGUGGUGUUUUUCAAAAUAAAAGUACCGUUAAAAAGGCUCGCAGAGGAACGUUCAGAGGCGUUUAUAGGGGCCAAUUUCGCGUCAUAUUCUUACAUUAACAAUGGAAAAGGGUCUAAGCCAGUUCAACACAAUUAAUAGUUUAAUCGAAAAGUUGCAUAGGGUCACUCCCGAACCCCAGCAAAUGAACAAACUAAUGAAUGAAUUAAUGAAUUAAUCGAUUUAAUAAAAAUAAAACACAUACGUAGGUUAUAUGAUUUAAGGAUUUACGUAGAUUUGCAAUUUUUUUAGAAAACGAACUGAAUUCCACUCUGGGUGGCUUUGCUGUAAUCCAAAAGUAUGGACAAAGCUCAUGCUAUUUGGCUGAGAGACUGUGACUUAGACCUUUUGAAAAAAGGCUUCGGUAUUUCUAUCUGGAGUAUCACCCAUGGGUUUGUUUUGGUAUGGGAAUCAUUUAAAAUAUGAAAUUAGAAGUAUAAAUUGAAUCUUUUUUCCUUUUUCAAAUACAUACUGCCUAUAUAUAAUUUUGAAUAUACUAUUAAGGGAGCUAAUUGACGUUUCCUAAUUUAGGGUAGCGUAUACACUACUUGAGAUUUGAUGAUGUUUCAUAAUGACGCCAAAGACAGCCAGAAUUUCAGCUUCAACAUUACUCCAAGACUUUUGUUUUGCAAAAUAGACGCAUGACCAGUGCAGCAGACUUCAAGUGAAUGACGUCAUGACCAGCACGUAACCGUUUGGGUUAUUUCUAGCACUGAUUCUGCAAAAUAGCUGUUUCGAUGUAGCCAGUUAACCAGAAUGGAUAUAACGUCUCUUCGCCUCGCCCAGACAGACCUGUAAAGAUCUGUGAAUGAACUCUGAACUCUAAAGAACAGAGGGUCUGUUAUCCAACAUGUCCCAGCGUGUUGAUGAUGUGAUGAAGCUGUGCUGCGAAUUGUCUGCAAAUCAACAAGUAAAGACCGCAGUGAAGCAUUCCGGGAAAGGGGCAUUGACUGCUGGGGGCCUUGCUUUUGCUGGUGGGUUGGUUGGGGGUCCGCUUGGCAUUGCAGUAGGUGGGGCUGUUGGAGGACUUCUGGGAUGCUGGAUGACAAGUGGUCAGUUUAAACCACUACCUCAGGUCAUCAUGGAAAUGACAACAGAGCAGCAGCAGAAACUCUAUGAGGACAUCAUGGCCAUCGUGGGGUCAAUAGACUGGACUGAUGUGGCACAGUUAACUGCCAUAGUACUGGGAAAUGCAUCACUUCAACAGCAAGUGACUGCUGCUUUACUGAACUACAUUCACAAAGAGCUUCAAGCAGAGGUACAUUAUAUAGACUGAAACCAGUAUAAAAAAAAGAUCAAGACCGUGUUGCCAAGCUGCAUACAGAUCAUUAUUUAUAGGUAUUAAUGACUGGACAUAGAUAAGGUCAAAGAAACCAGAAGACCUGAGAAAUAAAUCUGUUUUCACAAAAUUAAUGUACUAUGGUGUGAAGGGGAUUCAAUGACUCCACUGUAGCACAUACCUUAUGUACUGCCAGUCUCUGAGUGUUAAGAGCAUUUGUGGUAACAAAAAACAUAAAUAAAAGAAGUAUUGAACUUUUGAAAUGUAAA